CAACGAUAUUGCGGACCAAGUCGCAGCUAGGCGUCUUCGUCGUUGCUGCUGCUGCUGCUGCCGUUGUUAGCUUCAAGAUGUCGCAGAGAGCCGGCCGGCACCAGAGGAGGGCGUCGCAGAGCGUGUUCGUGCUGCCGGAGAACUUCGCCAGCCUCGAGGACGUGGCGGCGGACGGCGGCAGCGUCGAGCAGCGGAAGCCCGCAGCGGCGGACGCGUCGUCGGAGCAGCAACCGGCGAGGAUGCAGGCGGGGAGGCACCGGCGGGCAAUGUCGAUGGCCGUGGCGUCCAGGGACCUGGAGAUGAUCACGGAGGACAUCGCCAGCUACAAGUACGGUGCUUAGGCUUAGAGAAGAGGGCGGUGCCUCACGCGCGUGUUGUUUGGUACGUGUUCCUCCUAAAGCGGUGGUGUUCCUGGGCUAGGUGCAGAAGGUUGGGGCCUGGUUCUUCGAUCGAGACUGAUCUCGUGUCUUGUUUAGUACUAUGCCGCGUUUGAUUUUCUUUCUUCUCGUGCUGUCUUUCCUCCUCCUUGUAAUGUCCAGUGAUUUCUCUCUCGAUCACAAGUAAAGAAAAGAAGGAAAAAAAUAUCUUAAGGUUGCAAACAUG